GAUUUAGAUUUCCCGACAGCUUUUCACGGGAGUGUAUGUAAUGGUUAUUUCGUGAAAAUACAGUUCAAGAGUGAAAAAUAAAUGUGUUAAAUUAUAAAAUUGUGCGUCCCAAUGCCGCUCACAGCAAGACAAAGGAGUAUUCAUAACAAAAAUGGUGCAAAACGAGCAUCAAGUUUCAAAGGGAAGAGAACGAGAAAAGCGAGUGAAGGAGAAUUUCUGGUUACCAAUGCACCAUCGGAUCUACGCAGUAUAUCAUACCCUGGAGGGGCUGUAGCCCUAGGGCUGCUGUUAGUGGCUCGCCUGGCAGCCGCAUACUGGGGCCACAUAGCCGACUGUGACGAAACAUACAACUAUUGGGAGCCUUUACACUAUUUAGUGUAUGGAACUGGCCUGCAAACAUGGGAGUACAGUCCGGUGUAUGCUAUACGCUCAUACAUGCCCCUGUGGUUGUUUGCUGUCCCUGCUAAGAUGCUAUCCCUGGCCUUCUCUCCGGUUACUGUAUUCUACUGUCUACGGAGUCUACUCGCUGUGUUGACUGCUUGCGCUGAACUUAUGUUCUAUAAAGCGAUAUGCCACGAAUUCGGUGUGCACGUGGGUCGCGUAUGGCUCUGCUUCACGCUGCCAGCGGCGGGCUGUUUCGCUUGCAGCGCGGCGAUGUUGCCGUCAGCGUGGAGCCAGGCGCUGGUUGCGGCCGCGCUGGCCUGCUGGUGGCGCAGGCGAUACGCCUCCGCUGUGCUGUUCACUGCUGCCACCACGCUGCUCAGCUGGCCGUUCACAGCUCUAAUCGGCAUCCCCAUAGCAAUAGACAUGUUGAUUCUCAAGCGACAGGUCCUAGAGUUUAUCAGAUGGUCAGUUCUGUCUCUGCUCAUCAUCCUGGUGCCAACGGUGGCUGUGGACUCCUGGCAUUACGGGAGGCUAGUUGUGGCUCCGUGGAACAUAGUGGCUUAUAACAUAUUCACUGAGCAUGGACCAGAUUUGUACGGUGUCGAGCCUUGGACGUAUUACUUUGUUAAUGGAUUCUUGAACUUCAAUGUUGUUUGGGUACUAGCGUUAUCCUGUCCACUACUGCUUAUAUCCUGCACGGUGAUAGCGUCUCGGUCGACGUGUCGAGCCGCGUUCUGCGCGCCUUACUGGCUAGGAUUGAUGCCGCUCGCGCUAUGGCUCGCCGUGUUCAUGAUACAGCCGCACAAGGAGGAGAGGUUCCUGUACCCAGUGUACAGUAUGAUAGUGCUAGCGGGGGCCAUAUCGCUGGACUGCCUCCAGAAGAUGACCUUCGCCGUGGGCACCGAAUUGUUCCACUGGCGCAAGGAGAGGGAACGGCGACACUACCUGGCGUACACCGGCCCGCCCAUGUUGCUGUGUGUAGUGCUCGCUGGACUUGCUGGAAUAUCCCGCACAGUAGCCCUCUACAACAACUACCACGGCCCUAUGACGAUCCUGUCGAACCUGCCUGACGCCACAUCAGCCACCGUCUGUUUCGGCAAGGAAUGGCACAGGUCUCCCUCCAGCUUCCACCUGCCUCCAGGAUACGACGUCCGGUUUAUACCCAGCGAAUUCAAGGGACAACUUCCUGCGCCCUACGCUGCUACUCAUAAUGCUACACGGACCAUCCACCCGUACUUCAACGAUUUGAACCAGAUGGACAACAGGACUUAUCUAAACCCGGAAAAGUGCAGUUACCUAGUGGACUCGGAUAUUGGCAACCCUACGCCCUUACAGCCUUUCUACCACAAACAGAAUGGCUGGGAAAUCGUGUCCUCCGUACCCAUAUUAGAUGCUGAGAAAUCGCAUCCGAUAUUUAGAGCGUUUUAUUUGCCCGUGUUAUCAAACAGGCAUAAUGUUUAUGCAAAUCUUUAUCUAUUAAAGAAUAAACUUUUAGCAUAGUUAGACAAUGAGGGUGAAUGACAAAUUGUGGAUGGAAUUAUGAAUAAUAAAAAUCAAAUUUUAAGAUCUUGCGAAAAUAUACGGAGCUAUGGUUGAGCUAUUAGCAUAGAAUAAAGAAUAAUACUACGUAGAACGGUAAACUCCCCGCCCCGCGCCAAUCCGUAUCGGGCGCCGACCUCACCCCCUCUGCGGCCUAAUUUAGUCUUUAUGGCUGUAAGCCGCUAAGGAGUAUGUAAGGCGCGCAGGCUGUUUGUCUCACUUGCACUUACGAGUUAGGCGGCAUGCGGUAAGAGUGAGCGAUUUGUGUAUGUCGUAUCCGGGGUAUAGUUUGCCUUUGGAUUUUAAAAGGACGCUCUGCGACUAACAGGAAAUGCAGUUUGCAAAUGUUUAGUCCAUAAAUCUGAUCCCUUCUAUACAUUUGAAAUUUAGUACCAAUGCUCGCCACCGGGGGCGCUCUUUUCUUGUACUUUGGAUAGUUACCGUAUGUUGCUACUCUAUGUCGCCGAUGUCACCAACCGUAUAAGCUCACACAUGGAAAUAAGUGCCGUCUAGUGACGGUGUAUCGUAUCAUUAUGAACGCUCCAUUUGCGCGCGUUUUAGCGUCAACUUUUCUAGUAUGGCGAGGGACCCUCUGUUUUACGUACUAUAUUAGUUACUCUAUGUUAACGACAAUAGAGGUUACAUACUAUCUAUACAACCACUGCCACUGUUUUACAUUUUACUUCCAUAGUGAUUUUAGCAGAUGCCUAAUUUUUACGAUAGGUACUUAAAUAGUUUUCUCAUAAAAAUCUGUUGUACCACUAAUUAUGAACCAUGUAAAUAGUGAUUUACCAUUUUUAAUAUUAUUUAGGGAUGUUUACGUAAGGCUAGCACUUUUAAACUACAUAUAUCUUGUCGAUUAAAACACAUAACACCGGGUUCUUACCGAGUUAAAUCAGAGAUAUGAAUCUCCCUCAGAGAUAUGAGGUAACGCUGUAAAAACCCGGAAUUGUGUGUUUUAAUUAUGAUAAUAAUUCAAGAAAUUAAACGUUAAAAAGUUUAUUUUAAAUUAAUCUUUGUAAUCAAAAGUCAACAAAGAUCAAACAAUAGGUUUGUGAUUUAGUCUUUUGAUCACAGUCUAUCGUCAAUAAAUUAAAUAAAUGUAAAUAUUUACUAACUUUAUACACCGAAGUAAGUAGGAAAGAAAAGUUUAUUAUCACACGAAAAAUAAUAUUGUAAGAUUCUUACUAUUACUCAGUAAAAGCUAUCCCCAACCGCAUGCGUUACGUAUCAGACGCGGCGCGACAUAUACCGCGGGUGUCAAACAAUAAACGCACGACGGAGAUGCUUAUCGUAGACAGCAUUCGUUGCGCCUAUUCUACGAAGCCCGCCUCAUUUGUCGCGUCUGGCGCGGUAGCGUUGCCAGCAUUUGAUUGGGUUUAGAUUUUAACCUUUUGCAUUGACAAGAAAGACGAAUUGGGUAACUUAUAUAUUUAAUUACCGCACCAAUAGGGUAGUUUCCAACUAGUCAAAUCAGUUACUUUUUACUAAACGUCAAAACACGAAAUUGCUAUGGAAUUUGUAUGAAAAAGCAACCUGUGACGUCAUAGAAAAACGUGACAAAAUGUCGCACUAUAAAUAAGAAAUGUUUUAUGUCACCUUUAGAUCUGUCUUUAUUUAAUAUAUAGAAUUUCAUAAUUUACCUUUGAUCGAAGCUAUCCGAUUCUCUCUGUGUCUCACUUUAGUCUUAAGUGGGCGUAAGCCGCGUCGACUGUGUCUCGCUUGCACUUAGGCAUUAGGCGACAGAGAGAGAGAGAGAGAGGUAAGAAUGUGACUUUUGUAUGAAGUUUUCGGGGUGUGCCGGAGUUCAGAACUUGAAAAAGAAUAGAAUUUUAUACUGCGUAUAUUUUAGCAUAUUCACAUUUAGGCAACAAUUCGCUUUUAUCUUGCAAACAUUGUACAGGAAUUGGGCAUAAGUACAUAAUGGCGCCGAUUCCUGGAGACACCUCCUAAUUUUAUUUAAGUUAUACCUAUAAUUUUCCUAUUCACCGAAAAAGAAAGAGACACAUAAUAGACAGCUGUUAAUUUUCAAAUGAAUGAGCGAAUUAAACUAUAAGCUUCGCGUUAGUAUGCAACCCGUUAGACGCAUGCUAUCAACUUAAUUUUGUCGUGUUAUACGCCAACGUUCCUAAACGUAAAAUUGUGUAAGAUCGCUGUCUAAAAUUGACGUAUGUUCCACAAAUUUUACCCUACCGAUUACCCGUCCCUUUCCUUUUCAACAGAUAAGAAAGAGACAUGUAUAGGUGAAAAUGAAAUCAGGAGGUUUCUGCUGAAAUCAGCACCAAUAUUAUAUUAAGUUGUUCGACAUCACGAACGGCUUAGUUAUUGGCUGUACGGAGCUAGUCAAGUUUUGUAUAUAGUUUAGAAUCAUAGUACAAUCAUAGCGGUAAACUGUCUCCAUUGUACAGUCAUGAGCAAUAUCAUGUACCCACUUUAGAAGCCUGUCGCACUAUCAUAUUUGACAUUUAAUGAGACUUACGGUUUAAUUUGUCAAAAAAGUUAAUGUGACAUGGUUUUCAAAGUGUAUAUAUUAGUACUAGUGACCGUACGUAUAAUUGAGAGGAGUUAUGAGAAAGUAGUUCCGAUAGGAACAAUCCGGCCGACAGUGGCUUAUGGAUAAAUUCAUGUUCAAAAAUAUCUUUAUCCACUAGGUAACGUAGUUACACUUUGAAUUGACAUUUUUUACACAACGAACGUCUCAUCCGCCUAAAACUACUGCAGCUUCUCACAACCUGUUUAGCCGGGGAAAGAAGCUGCAAGAAAAACUUCGGCACCGGGCUUAGACGUUCUUUAAAAAAAAUAUAAUAUAUUGAUUGGCAGCCAAAUUACUAAACUGUAUAGUAAUUUGGUUCCCAGACAGUUAAAUGCAUUCAUAUAUGCAUUGUAGAUGAUCAUUAAGCUUAUAAUGUUAACCUUUUUAUGAUAGGACUACUCUGAGGUCGACGCGUAAUUGUUAAUUUUUUUUCUUACUACCGCUAAUUCCCCUUCUUCCACGUGGUGAAACUGGGUAGUCAAACUAAUUUGUCCAACAGUCCCCUUUCAUGUAGGUAACUCUGUAUCUUGUAUACAAACGAAAAAGUAAUCUAAAUAUAUAAAAGGAGAAACUGACUGACUGACAUAUCAACGCACAGCCUAAACGGCUAAACGUAGGCACUUGAAAUUUGGAAAGGACGUAGCUUAGGUACUGUAGAGGUGCACUAAGAAAGGAAUUCCCGAAAUUCCCACGGGAACGGGAAUUAGCGGGAAAAUCCUUUUGUAUGAAAAAUCUAAACCACUUAAGUUAGACGCUUGAAAUUUGGCAUGCACUCCCACACACACAAAGAUCUUUCUUUUAUAACACGCCACGCGGACGAAGUCGCGGGCAAAAGCUAGUGUUGUAUAUAAGUAAUAUUUAAAGAAAUAGCUACUCUCAUGCGGUAAUAACGUUCAAUUCAGCUUACACCAUUGACACGUCUUCCAGUUAUGAUUGUGUUAUGAUAGAAUGUGCAAUAAUUGUGUUGCGUAACAUUCAAAGUGCAUUUUAACUUUUAAGAUACCUAAUAAAUAAGUUGAAGUGUAACUAGAUAUUGGAAUAGUAACAAAAAAAAGCAUUACGUAUUUCAUCAAAACCAUAGACUUUUGAGUAAAUCAAAUUCGUAUUGUCGUGUGUGCAAUGUAAUCCACACACGGUUUAGAACCCUGUCACAUUAAUACAUUAGACAUUCGUAUAAGACUUUGUUUCUAUUUGUCUCAUAUGUUAAUGCGACAUGGUUCUAAAAGAUCACAACACGUCCCUGACCUUACAAAAAGCAUUAAGUUUUUAUCAAAAUUACAGUUCCCAAUUAUUAUUCAACAUAAUGAGAGUUUAUUUUGGAACAUUCAUAUUAAGAAUUAAAAACCUCACGAAAUAGAUGAAACAGGUUAGAAAAGGCCCUAACGCGCAUGGGCGAACCAGGGGGAGGGUCAUGGGGUCAUGACAUUAGGUUGUCUGCGACCUGGUAACUCCCCCAACCCCCCGGUAUAAAAGCUGGAUUCGCCCCUGGUGUGACGCCGGUUCAACCGCACUCUUACUCCUGCAGACAGACUUUCCACCUCUUUCUCAUAUUCCGUGAAAAAACUUAUUUAUAUAUAUUUUUCUGAUAAUCCUUACGAAAAAUUAAUUGUGAGGAGUAUCUAUUUUUUAUUAGAAGUGUUUGUUUAUUAGAAAUAUUCACUCAUCGUGUUUUGAUGUAUUCAUUCAUUCUUUCCAAUGUCUAGUAUACCAAAAUGUCAGACGCUAGAUAGAUUUUUAACGUGUUUGCAUUUUUAUAAGACACCCAAGUGAAGUAGAUGUAAAUUAGAAUAAAUAAUUUAUUAAAGAUAUAA